UUUAAGGUCGAUUCACACAUAUCAGUGAACCCACAGUUCCGGCACAGUACCGCAUCAGUGAUAAUUAUUCUUUCAAACAUUCUCUAUGGAUGUAUUCGCACUUGUCAGUGUCAGUGUCGUCUCAGUACCGUCAGUGUCAGUGCCGGCACCGGCCAUCAUGGACGUGAUCGGCGAAGACGAUAUUUUAUCACGGAUCACUGACGCCGCUGCAUCGAAAACAAAAUGGAAGACGAGGUGUUGAUUGAAUUAGUUCGUGAGAAUCAUGUUUUGUAUGAUUUAUCUCAUGCAAAGUAUAUGGAUACAAAAUACAAAAACAAUUUGUGGAACAAAAUAGGAACACAAAUGAAUGUAGACGGUUCAACAUGCAAAACACGGUGGAAUAACAUAAGAGACAACUAUCGAAAAUCGUUGAAGAAAACGGAAAGUAAAAGUGGACAAAAGAAGACCAAUGUUAAAUUAUACAAAUACUAUGAACAAUUACAUUUUUUGAAAAAAUAUUUCAAUGAACGACCGACAGUACAAAGUGUAGAACCAGAAAAAGAAAAUUCUGACUCCGAAACCAACGAGCCUCGAAAUACCGUAUCCAUUUCACCUGAUAUACCCAUUGUCGCUAGUCACGAAGCAUCCAUUCCAUCACCAAGCUACGUAUCCACUCCAUCACCACAGUGCGUCCGCACUCCCACACCAUCACCAAGCCAUGUGUCUACUGCAUCACCAUUGUACGUCCGCACACCCACACCAUCACCAAGCCAUGUAUCCACUCCAUCACCACCAUCACUGGCGUCUCUAUCUACUACAUCUACUUUAAGAAAGAGAAAAGGUUCGACAAAAUGCACACCAAAACCAUCCUCAGCAUCUUCAUUAAUGGAAUAUGUUCUUCAAAAAAAUCAAGAAAAAGCCGAACGCGUCGAGCAUCCAGUUGAUGCUUUUUUAAAUGGUAUUGCACCCACACUGAAGAAUUUGAAUCAAUAUUACUUAAAUUUGGCAAAGACUGAAAUAUUUACAACUGUGCAAAAAUAUGAGAUGAAGAUGAUGACAGAGCAAAAUGUACCAUUAUAUCCAAGAGAUAUUGCAACUGAACCAAAAAAUAUAAAUCUCACAUCGCAAUCUAUUCUUGACUCUACUGGAUUGGCUAAUAUAGUAGUAUCAUAUCCAAGAGAUAUUGCAACUGAACCAACAAAUAUAAAUCUCACAUCGCAAUCUAUUCUUGACUCUACUGGAUUGGCUAAUAUAGUAGUAUCAUAUCCAAGAGAUAUUGCAACUGAACCAACAAAUAUAAAUCUCACAUCGCAAUCUAUUCUUGACUCUACUGGAUUGGCUAAUAUAGUAGAUCCCACACAACAUAGUGAUGUGCAGCAAUUUGUUAUGAACUCUACAUUUAACGAAUGAUAAUGCUUUAGAACUUAACAAAGUGUUAAAAGUAUAAUGUGUUUAUGUGCCACAUACGAAGUAAUAAAAACUGAUUUAAAUACAUAUUUUCAGAAUUUUAAUUAAAAGGUUAUCCUUAAACAUACCUGUCAGUGGAUACAUCUGCACUGCAAAAAAUGUGUUCACUGAUAUGUUAUCGACUGUUUCUACCUCCAAAAAGGUAAAAAUAAAGUUAAUAACAUCCGGUUUACCUACCUUAGACAAAUUGCGAGCCGCUCUCUAGGAGAUAUAGCCUUCCUCCAUCGAGUAUCUUUCUUUACUAAUUUAUUUCCCAGCUUCUGAAGGAAUAUUAAAACAGCUUUCCGACAUUUUAAAAUAUUCAAAAUACUUUCUUUCGUCUUCAAUUAAUUCUUUGUAUAAUGUCACGAAUUCUCCUUCAGAUUCUCUUAACUUCCAUGCUUCAUGUACCCAUUUUCUUUUUUUUCCUCGAUU